CUAACAGCUUGACCUACGAGUUGCGACGCUUUGUUAUCGACUUUCCGUCUAGUUAAAUAUUCUAUAGAGUAAUUCAAGCGGCGCGGAGUUGUGCUGAGUGCUGACGGUACGUCUAGGUCGUAUGAAUAGCGCUGGGAUGUUUAGCCAGAGUUGUCGCUAAUAGUGUCCCCGUUGAGGGAUGUUGACUUGUGAGGAGUGAAAAGUUUUAUGACGGUAGCGAUGGCGGCGGGCGGGCGGCGCGCCGCAGGGCGCAUGCCCGCCACUGCGCCACUAUCGGUGCGCUGCCCCCUGGCGGCUAGCACCGCAGUGAAUUGCGUAACAAAGCACACUCGCCUUCAAACGCUACGCCGAAAACUUUCGUCCCGUGCGCGCUCGCGGAUUGUUCAAGCGCAAAUCGACUUAACUUUCCCGCGGCGCGCUUUUCCGAACCUACGCGAAAAUUUCAAGAAACUCACCCAUAUUUUCAGUACACCCAGGAUUUCGCUUGCGGCUUUUGUUUUUUUAAGUUUUUAAAGUUGUUAAAGUUGACUGUAAGCGGAAAGUGGAAAAGCAUUGUGCGGCAAUUUAAACAGUGUAAACGUUACGUGUUGUGUUUAAUUGGUUUAUAUUUGUUUUAGUUUGCUUGUUAGUUUGAUUUGGCGAGUGGUAGAAGCCGCCGGUGGCAGCGCUGGUGGGGAAUCGAUACCGACUGCGGUGGGAGCGGCGAAAGAUAGCAUCGUGAUGGUGCGGCGGUGGGCGCCUGCGCGGACGCGUUGAUCACUCCACAUGCCGACACCACUCUGCAGUCAGCAGAAAGAUGUCCUAAUAUGGGUUGGUCAUGCAUCGUGGCACACGCCGUGGCCUUCUUCCUCAUGCUCAACCAAGUAUCGGCUCUCACGUCCGACAUUUUUGCAGCGGGAAAGUCGGACAAGGAGAUAUUGGACAACCUACUGAAAAACUCCCGCUAUGAUAAAAGACUGCUUCCUCCCGUAGAUGAUCCAGAAUUUUGUUGUGGUCUAACAUCGCCCAAUGACUCUCUGGCUCAAAAUAGGGUCGGACUGUCAUCGCUGCGGCCCCGCUCGCACAAUCGCGGUGUCCUCACCGUAAAUGUUAGCGUGCUACUUCUUAGUUUAGCAUCUCCAGACGAAUCUAGUCUUAAAUACGAGGUAGAAUUCCUUCUACAGCAGCAGUGGUAUGAUCCGCGACUGCGCUACUCUAACCAGUCCCACUACGAUUUCCUCAACGCCAUCCACCACCACGAGGACAUCUGGCUUCCUGACACCUACUUCAUUAUGCAUGGAGACUUCAAGGAAUUUUCCCAGCACUCAUGGGACCCAAUAAUACCAAUGCACUUCGCGUUGCGUAUCUAUCGCAAUGGCACUAUAAACUAUCUGAUGCGGCGGCAUCUAAUAUUGUCCUGUCAAGGGCGGCUCAACAUCUUUCCUUUUGAUGACCCAUUGUGUUCAUUUGCCUUAGAAAGUAUAUCAUACGAGCAGUCAGCAAUAACGUAUGUUUGGAAAAACGAUGAGGAUACUCUUCGUAAGUCGCCAUCAUUGACGACUUUGAAUGCGUAUCUAAUCCAGAACCAAACCAUCGCUUGCCCCAUCAAAGCGAGUUGGAGAGCUGAGGGUAAUUCACUUUACGAAGAAGACGAAGAGCUGACAUGUAAUCUUUGCCAGAGACGGUUUGAGGAGCAAGGUAAUUACAGCUGUCUGAAGGUGGAUCUCAUCUUUACACGGGAUAGAUCAUUUUACUUCACUACAGUUUUCAUUCCGGGCAUCAUUUUGGUGACCUCAUCGUUUAUUACUUUUUGGCUGGAAUGGAACGCAGUGCCUGCUAGAGUUAUGAUAGGUGUGACGACGAUGUUGAAUUUUUUCACAACAUCAAAUGGUUUUCGCUCCACCCUGCCUGUGGUAUCCAACCUAACAGCUAUGAACGUAUGGGACGGCGUGUGCAUGUGCUUUAUAUACGCCUCCCUCUUGGAGUUCGUGUGUGUCAACUAUGUGGGAAGAAAACGGCCUUUACACAACGUUGUCUACAGACCAGGGGAGAAUCCUGUUACUCAGCGACUGCCUGCAGUCCUGAGCAGAAUUGGCAUUAUACUGGCCAGCCCCUUGGAGGCGAUGGCAUUCCUACAAUGGGCUAAAUCAGACGCCAACGAGCCAGAGCCAAGCGGUGCCGGAGACAAAAAGAGAGAGUCGACAGGUGCUGCGGACCUAGUAUCAUGUACUACGUGCACUGGAGCGCCGGGUUCCUGCACACACACUGCCAACAACGGAGGAGUAUCCGAGCCAUGUUUCGUCCAGGUUCGCAAAAAAGAACCCCCUCAUCCGAUUCGCGUGGCGAAGACGAUCGAUGUCAUCGCGCGCAUCACCUUCCCCACUGCCUACGCCGUGUUUCUAAUCUUCUUCUUUAUACACUACAAGGCCUUUUCUUAAUGCUGCCUCUACUUUACUUCCCGCUACAGGCUGCUUCAUGUGAACUGGACAGUUAUAUUCUUAGAUCUUGUACGUAAGUACUUCUUUCACCGCUCGUAUCAAUUGGAUCGCGCUGCAAGUGACAACCUCCUCGGUGCAGUGUGUUCGCCUAACGAGUGUUGAUGUUGACAUUUGUUGCCAUUGCAAAUUGUGAUGAUUACUCACUAUAGUGAUAGUAUUUGAUAUUAGGAUAAAGGACCAUAUUCAAAGCUGAGAAUAGUUACAGCUUGCCGUUGUUAAAUAGGACGUCGUUGAAGUAAGGUAUAUCGAUUAGAGACGAAUGCGAAUUUUCUACAUGUUUUGAAAUAGUUUUCAAAAAUUAUUUAUAAGUUGAGGAUCGCUGAGUAUGGGGCACGAAUUUUAUGUGUUUCUUAUCAAUACCAGGAAACUUAUGAUAGGAUAAAGAGGGAUCAAUAAAAUAUUACUAUGAAUAUUCUGCAUCUAUGCAGAUAACGAUACACGGGACUGUGUGAUGAGCGGUGAUCGAAUGCGCAUUCUAAAAGUGCGAUUGAAAGGUGGUUUUGUUAGAAUAAAGAAAUCUAUUUCAAACCUUAAGACAGUCCAAAUGUAAAUCAUUGCUUUAUGUUUAUGAGACGUAUAUUUUAAGAUAGCAAAAGACAUAACUUUUAUAUAUGUUACAUUUAAUCACCACUGUUUACUUUAUUUAUAGUAUAUGUGACAUAUUAUGUAUAUAAAUGUACACCCACACAAGUUAAAGUUGUGAUAAUAUCAUAAUAAUAAUUCAAUGUUAAAAUGUUUGCUUUGUAGAAGUGCUACAAAGUCAAUAGGAACGUGUAGAUUUUAUUCAAAUAUUUCCUACAUAAUUGUGUGUUAAAGUUUAGUUUCAAAAUAUUCGAAUAGAUAUAAGUCAAGAUGAAGCUCAAGACUC